GGGAUUUAUGGCUGAGGGACGCGUGCUCUUCCUGGGGACCAUCUCCAGUUAUUAGUCUGGUCCCUCACGGAUGCAACGUUGUCCGAGAUGACGCGCGGUGUGUAGUCUGUUGUGUGGAUGCUCGAUCCUAUUGGCCGAAAAGGGGGGAGGAUUUUGGAAGAGAGAGAGAGAGUAGUCUUCAUCCGCUCUCACAAACGGACACAAUGCGCAGCAGCCUCCAGAUGCCUUUACAUCAAACCUUCAUCUGCAGUCCGCGGUGGUUUUAAUCCUUCCGGAUUAUGGGGUUGUGCGUAAUCUCGGAGCACGUGGUCGCUGUGUUUGCGCUGCGCGCUGUCAUUAGGAUCGCGGUGGCGCAAUGAACGAGAUGCGCAGCGAUCACCAGUGAAGGGAUCGACCAAGGUCACACACCGGUCUGGAUGAGAUUAUGUCCGCGUGGACACUUCCUCUUCGGGGAGCGGGUCGCGUGGGGGUGUCCCCUGAAAAGCACGACUUUGUGUCUGACAGCCGGAUUGCAAAGGCAGUGAAACCCCCGCCAUCUGCAUGAUGACGGGUGAGCUUCACCUCUGACUUCACACAGCAUGCUCUCCUCCGGAGAUACAGAUAUUGGAGAAAAGUUUCCUCUGCACCACAGAUGGAUGAUUUCUUCGCCGAUUAAUCGCACGUGGUUGGACCGUGUUCCCGCGGCGUAGCUCGGCAGCGCUCGGUUCGAUUCUCGUGUUGUGGUCGCUGUCCAUGGUGCUGAACUUAAGGGAUGGUGGAGACGCUGAGUAUCGCGGUGAUCGGUGCUCCCGGAGUGGGAAAAACUUCCAUCAUCCGCCAGUUUAUCUAUAACGAUUUCUCGGAGGCGUACACGCCGACCAGGACCAGAUACGUGUACAGACCGUCCGUCAUUCUGAACGGGAACAUGUACGAGCUGAAGAUUCUGGACGUCCCGCCGAUCUCUUCUUUCCCAUCCAGCUCCAGUCAGGAGUGGUUGGAUUUGCGCUGCAGGGGGGUUCGCAAUGCCAACGCUUACAUCCUGGUGUACGACAUCUGCUGUGUGGAGAGCUUUGAAUACGUCAAAAUGAUUAGACAGCAGAUAGUAGAACACAGGGAAGGCAGCAGCAACGAAGUGCCGAUCCUGGUGGUGGGUAACAAGAGAGAUCUGCAGCGGCAGCGCUUCAUGCCUCGCAGGGCUGUGUCCGUCCUGGUGAAGAAGACCUGGAAGUGCGGCUAUGUGGAGUGCUCUGCCAAAUUUAACUGGCAUGUCGUCCUGCUCUUCAAAGAGUUGCUGGGUAUUGCUGUGUCACGAAGCCUACGCCAGAACCACACUUCCAUCCGUCUCCAGGGGGCACUACAGAGGAAUCGCUGCACCAUAAUGUGACCCUGACACCUCCCUCUGGCCGACUCAUCUCAGGAGUGGAGCGGCAACAGAGCAAAGGACUUUUAUCUAAAUGGCUGGAAAACUACCCUGUGGCCUCCUGCUUUACUGAGCUGAUUUUCAUAAAGAGGUUUAUUCAACUUUGCGCUGUAAUAGUCACUCGAUUACAAAAAAACCCAUCCAACCACUUCCUAGUCACUGCCUGCCAAGUGUUGGGAUGUACCGUGCAUCUGGAAAGUAUUCUUAGUGCUUCACUUUUUCCACAUUUUGUUAUGUUACAGCCUU